GAUGAUCCUCCAUUUGCGCAGUUCCUACCUAGAUGUUCCUUCUGCCAUAGACAAAAUUCACUGUGCCCUGUUGUAUCAGUAAACAAUCUGGUUACGAAAUGGCGGUUGGGAGCUGAGGCCCUUCCCUCUUUCUCCCGUCCUCUAUUGGAAAUGAUCUCUCUGUGGCCUGUAGGGGGAGGGCUUGGGAUGAAGAACAGCACCACUCCAUGGGAAGUUUUUCAGAUAUUGAUAUGACACAGCCAAGCUUUUUCUCUGUUCCUUCUGCUGUAUGAAAUAUACUACUGAGAUUACCAGAAUGAAACUGUAGUAGUCUUUUGUUCAUGUCGAGGAGAAAAAAGUUCAUCCCUAACGUGUUAGUGUUUUGGAUUGGAGUCUUUUCUCUGAAGCUGAGAUGAGAUCAGCUGUGGAGCUACAUUGAUGUCAUCAUAUAAGCAAGCGGAAUGGGCUGAUAAGAGAAAGAGGUGUGGAAUUAAGGUCAAGUUUGAGCCUGUCAUACCGGAAAUGCCAAUGGAUAAAGUUGCAGCACAACAAGCUGUUGGUUCAAAAACAGAGCAAUAAUCUGGGUUAGCGUAUGUUAUGGGUCUAAAGUGUGGACAUGCUGCCACUUACUGCGUGUCAGAUUCUCAAGUUCUAGACAUAUCAAUUUCUUAUCUAAGCCUUUAUACGUCUUUGAACUUGUGACUAGAUUACAAACAUCAAAUUUGUUUUUUACCCCAAAAGUUAUGGCUGUUUCAGGUUUUUUGUAUAGUCUGAAGGACCAUGUUUGAAAAUGUCAUUACAUCUUCAAGAUUGAGUUUGUUUUUGUGCAAAUCAAAACAGUGUCUGCCAGGUCACUUGUUUAGAAAAGGUUUAGGGUUUACUCAGACGCUCAGUUUUAGUGAAAUGUGACAUUUGUCAUACAUUGUACCGUUUAGAUUGAAGAUUUCCGACAAAUGUCAAGUAAGUAACUUCUGUAAUGAUUAUGACCGGAUUUACACAGGAUCAACACUAGAAAUUCCAUGCAUACUUCAUUUCAUACCUUUAUUCUAAAGGUGCUUGUCGGAAGCUUUACAGUCAUGCAAGCUGUUCUUGAUCUUACCUAAAACCCAAAAAGGGAUCAUCUCACUGACACGUCGUCUAUAUUUUAUUGUUCUGCGCACCCAGUUCAGACAGUACUUGGUUUUGGUGGUUUUGGAAGUUAGACCAGAGACAAUAGAAAAGAGUGCUUUUCUGGACUGUCGAUAUUGAAGAAAAGUGCAAAUCCUCUUUUCCCACAGGAUAUACUGGAAUCUUUCCCCAAAUGUCAGAUAAGACAGAAUAUAUAGGCUGUUACCCAGAGUUAUUUCUACUGGUCAUUUUAUUGAAGGUAAUAUACGGUGUAAUCUUUCCACAUGUGUGCGCUCAGAGUUCAUAAAAAUUCCUGACAUGUCCCAUUAUGAAGGGACUUAAAAUCCCAGUGUUACUCUGGUGAUAAUGACAUUACACCACCUUCCUGUGUUAAACUAAUCCAGUCUGAAUAGAAUUACAAUUCAACAUGAAUCUUUUCACUGUUCUGUUUUUGAAUAGGAAUAGUACAGAUUUUUAGAUAUUCAAAAUGCACUAUGUUUGUUUGAGUAUGGGAAGCCAUGAAGGAUCGAUUUUCAGCGCUUUUUACAUAUAUUUUCUUUUCUAUUUUGAGCUUAAUCAACAGACCUUUGGUGAAAUCAAUAUCUCGACUCGAACAGAAUUGAGAGAGACAGCCUUAUCCAAAAAAAAAAGUUUGGCAAUACUUUGGUCUUUGUGGAAAAACUGGUGUGUCCAUGUUCAAAAGUCUCGAUUACAGAAGAAGGACAUCAUGUCCUUGGAUGGUAGAUCCAGCUGAAAGAGAGAUUCCUUUUGAAGUCACUCCUGCACCCUUUGCUCAGAAAGGCCCAACGUUCACUUUGACUGCUUCUCACAGUGUUGUUUUAGGUUUUGAUGGACCAGAACCUCCCAGGGUUGGUUAGGUGUGGGGGGACUCUUAUUAUGAAGUGGCUCCCCUUGUGGCGAGAGAGGGAAACAGAAAGAAGGACCGACCUUUGUUGAGAGAGCAGCUCCAACGAACGGCAGCCAUUUUCUGUGUCCUGUGGAAGGCAGCCAGCGUGGCUGCCAAUCAGAUGAGGAGGUUCUGGGGAGCAAAGGCACGGCUGGGGGAGGGGCAGGCAGGGGAAGAGCCUGGAUUUUGCUGUAAUUACUACACCUUCUGACCUCCUUCCUUUGAGCAUGGCUGCUGAAAAUCACUACAGUAGAUGUUGAAGGCUGGCAAAGGCCAUGCAUUCCCUCUUUGCUCCAUGGUCCUGGACUGAGCAGUGAACUCUCAGAGACUAUAGAUAUGCUUGCACCAUUUUGACUGCCAUUCUACAGGGAACAAGCCCUGCUCUGUGUUGAGCAGACCGGCUAAGGCAGAAUCAUUUCUGAGCCUUGACACACCAGACUGCUUUGCCUCUUGUGCAUUAGAUGCCCUCCCUUUUUAAAGUUGUUUGGGGCAAGGCAAGUUCAGCGUCACCGCAUCCCAGCAGGACAUUGUUUGUGUUAAUUAGAUCUUUGUUCACGGGUAUCUACGCCAUUUGCCCUGCAUGCCUUUCACCUUUGUUGAGAGAUAUUCAUAUUGAGGCAUGAAGCGGUUCACUGCUGUUUGUGUUUUUUAGAAGACUUUUGAUCUUGAAUCAGAGCACACUGACUGAGAAGAGAAGACUCUCUGGUCAAAGGCCUUGUACAUUGCAUGUGGGGAAAAAAAGAGCUAUUUGUUGUUGUAUUGCUGGUUCUGACAUUUGUGCAUUCAUGAUUUUGGGCAGGAACCAAAGCAGCUCUGGAGAUGAGGCACUUCCUCAGUGCAGGGUUGACUGAGCAGCUGGGACUCUGUACAGUAAAUGGGCCAAAGGCCAAAUGCAAUUAUUCAAUACAACAGGGGCAACUAAAACGAGAUUGAGAGUGGGUGUGCGAGGAAGGUAGGAUGAAACCGAAGCCUGCUGGUCUGGUCAAAGGGAUUACAGGGAAGAGAGAGCCAAUGAAGACUGACAGUAUGAAAGACACGCACAACGAAGCAGAAGAAGGGCUCGAGGAGCCCUCAGUCAGACGAGCAGAACCUUCCAAAACAGCAGAAGAGCUGAAUGGGACAAUUAAGAGCACAGAACCGGACAAAGUCCAGCAGGACCUUGAUGUCCAAAGGUCAUCCACCCAAUCGCAUGCCAUGGAGAAUGGACUUUCAGAAACUGAUCCUCCCCACGGUUCCACAGUGGGCAGUAAUGGAUAUAUUCUCAGUAAAGCCCAGGAUGACUCUCCAGCUACUCAACACAGGACUAACUGGUCCCCUAAGGGCACCUCACCCAUAGGGUACGCAGCGAAAACACUCCCUCUUUCAGCUACAUCCCAAACCCAGGGCCAGGGAGCUUUAAGGACUAACACAAGCACAGGGCCCAGCCUGGCAGAGGGGUGUUUGGAAAACGAGACUAAAAACGGCACUGCUACGAACACGCCUCCACGUGUGACAGUACACAGAGCACGCAAGACCAUGUCCAGGCCCGCCUCAAAUCACGCACUAAAGGUUUUAAACAGGGAAAUAAAAGAGCCAACCGUGGUGAAAGGUGAGAGUGUGGACCGAUCAGAAGCUCAGCCGCCUGUGCAAGCUCCUCCCACUCAGAACCAGCUACCUCAGAAGCAAACUGAUGCCACACCAGCACCAAUCGCCACACCAGCCAAGCCACACACAGCAUCUGUGCUGAGGAAGAAGAAGAGAAAGAUGGGAACAUACAGCCUUGUUCCUAAGAAGAAGACCAAAGUGCUAAAGCAGCGCACGGUGCUGGAGAUGUUCCAGCGUGUGCCCCAGUCUCCGCCCACUCCUCAGCCAAAAGAGGCCGUGCAGGUUAACGGCGAUCGAGCAGAGAACGAGUCUGAUGAAUCCGAGUCGGAGGACGAAUCCGAAGAUGAAGAAGAGACGGCUGGAAAAGAAGAAAUGGCUGAAGCAUCUCAGGAGGACAGCAGACUGGCUUCGAUCCCACAGCUUGGCGAGGAGCACGAGUCUGAAGAAACUGCAGAAGAGGAAGGGGAAGAAGAGCAAGAUGAGUCAGACUUGAGUUCUGAAUCCGGCUUAAAGAAGAAGGUGAAAAAGAAGGCCAGAGCAGACAGCCCUUGGCUCCGGCCUGCUAGGAAACGGAAAAAGAAGGUGAAGACAAAAUCAACGGAAAUUUCAGGUAAUAUCUCUAUGAAUGCCCAGACUCGGUUAGAGAUUCCAGCCCAAACGCCUGCUCCUCCCCCUGCCCCUGCUGACCAGGAAAAAGAGUACACAGAGGUUCCGUUAGAGUCGCUUAACCUGAAAGCCCAGGAUGCCUUGCUGAAGUCUGAAAGCAAGGAAGCUGCUAGCACAGCACAGAGUUCAGCAGUGGACAUGGUGCAGGAGCUUCCGCUGUGUAGCUGCCGAAUCGAGACACCCAAGAGUAGAGAGAUCCUCACGCUGGCUGAUAGGAAGUGCAUGGCCACGGAGAGUGUGGAUGGCCAGGUGAGAACCUGCAGUGCAGAAUAUGAUCGAUUAUGGAAGACUAAUCAACACCAUCUGACCAAUCAAAAUCUAGAAUUCGACCCCAUUGUGCUAAGUCGGUGUCAAAGCGCAGUUCUGAAGCACGAGAUGAUGAGGCCGUCGAACUCCGUGCAGCUGCUGGUGCUGUGUGAGGAGCAUCGCACAGGAAUGAUCAAACAUCAGUGCUGCCCUGGCUGUGGCUACUUCUGUAGGGCGGGAACCUUCAUGGAGUGCCAGCCAGAGGUGAACAUCUCUCACCGCUUUCAUCGGCACUGCGCAUCAGUACUGAAAGGUCAGAGCUUCUGUCCACAUUGUGGCGAGGAGGUCAGCAAGGCCAAAGAAGUCACCAUCGCCAAAGCAGACACCACCUCUACAGUGCCCCGGAGCCAGAGCCCUGGCACCCCGGCGACUACGGAGGGCAAGGCGGACACCACCACUGGAGGAUUGUCUCGCCUUUCGUUAUUGGGAGAAGGGAGAGUAGACAGCACUUUAACUAGGCCUUUGGAAGCUGGGGAUGGAUCAAUCAUCCUAGAAGCCAGCAGGCCAGAGCACAUGGGCGCUGGGGCUGGACCCUCUAUAGCACCUGCUAAGGAGACUCUGGAAACCAUUUUGUUGGCAUUGGAUGCAGAGAAGCCCAAGAAGCUUCGCUUUCACCCUAAGCAGCUCUACAUCUCUGCUAAGCAGGGGGAGCUGCAGAAAGUCUUAAUGAUGCUUGUGGAUGGAAUUGACCCAAACUUUAAGAUGGAGAGCCAGAGUAAACGUACGCCUCUCCAUGUAGCUGCUGAGGCCGGACAUCAGGAGGUCUGCCAUAUGUUGGUCCAGGCCGGUGCAAACCUGGAUAUAUGUGAUGAGGACCAGCGCACACCACUGAUGGAGGCUUGUGAGAACAAUCAGCUGGACACAGUACGCUACCUACUGAGAGCAGGAGCCAUCGUGUCCAAUAAGGAUGCUGAAGGCUCUACGUGUCUCCACCUUGCUGCUAAGGCUGGACAUUACAAUAUCGUAAAACACUUGCUGUUUACAGGCCUUACGGACAUAAACUGUCAGGAUGACGGUGGCUGGACAGCAAUGAUUUGGGCGACAGAGUACAAACACGUUGAACUAGUCAAGUUGCUGCUAUCUAAAAGUGCUGAUCCCAACAUCAGAGACAAGGAAGAGAACAUCUGUUUGCACUGGGCAGCGUUCUCUGGCUGUGUGGAGAUUGCUGAUGUCCUUCUGAGUGCCAAGUGUGAUCUUAACACCGUUAACGUGCACGGAGACUCACCACUGCACAUCGCUUCGCGGGAAAACCGUUUGGAUUGUGUCUCGUUGUUUCUGUUGCGGGGUGCGGACGUAAACCUAAAGAACAGGGAAGGAGACUCGCCGCUAGAGUGCUGCGGCCAGAACUCUAAGGUGUGGAACGCUCUGCACGCCAGCAAGAGGCAGAAGGAGGCAAGCGGUCAAGGACACACCUCAGGAGAAAAGCUCCUUAACAGGGACAUAUCUCGCGGUUAUGAGAGAGUACCUGUGCCAUGUGUGAAUGCUGUGGACAGUGAGCCCUGCCCCAAUGACUACAAAUAUGUGCCUGAUAGCUGUGUCACCUCGCCCAUAAACAUUGACAAAAACAUCACCCACUUACAGUACUGCGUCUGUAAAGAAGACUGCUCCUCGGCCAGCUGCAUGUGCGGUCAGCUCAGCCUGCGCUGCUGGUAUGAUAAGGAGAGCCGCCUGCUGCCGGAGUUCUGCUCCGAGGAGCCACCUUUCAUUUUUGAGUGCAACCAUGCCUGUUCCUGCUGGAGAACCUGCAAGAACCGCGUUGUUCAAAACGGACUACGGAUUCGACUGCAGCUGUUCAGGACUCAAAAAAUGGGCUGGGGCGUUCGGACAUUGCAGGACAUCCCGCGAGGAACCUUCGUCUGCGAGUACGUCGGGGAAAUCAUCUCGGACGCAGAAGCUGAUGUCAGGGAGAUUGAUUCCUACCUUUUCAGCUUGGACAGCAAGGUCGGCGAUAUGUAUUGUAUAGACGCCCGUUUCUAUGGCAACAUCAGCCGGUUUAUAAACCACCACUGUGAGCCGAACCUGUUCCCCUGCCGAGUGUUCACCUCCCACCAGGACCUCCGCUUCCCGCACAUCGCGUUCUUUGCCAGCAAGAACAUCAGCGCCGGAGACGAGCUGGGAUUCGAUUAUGGAGACCACUUCUGGGACGUGAAGGGCAAACUGUUCAGCUGCCAAUGCGGCUCGUCCAAGUGUAAGCACUCGGCGGCGGCCAUCGCUCAGCGGCAGGCAGACAGCACACCAGGAGAACAGCAGGCCACCACCCUCCCAGAUACCAGCUCGUCUACCACGCCACCCAGCCCCACCUGAGCCUCCUGCACUUAUCCUCCAUCUACCAGCCAUCACCAGCGCGCGCACACACACACCUCAGCAGGGGAAUCCUAGCAGAGAAGCAGCCUGGACCACUGGCCUUUAUCAGCUACGGCGCUCUUGGUUUUAACUCGUUGUUGGACUGCAGAUGAAGGGUUAUGCACAUGUACAGAUAUUUCUUGUUAACAGAGGAUAGAAUGGUGCUGUAGCGUGUCGAGCUGAGGUUGCGCUCGUGGCCGUCCUCAAGCCCGUCGCAGGAUUACGCGUGACUCCGUGUCCUUUGAAGAACAGGCAGAAGAUGAUGUUUUUAACCAACGUUACCGACGUCCACGCACAAUGCAAAAGCCGCGAUGCGUUUACUUUCCCUCCUCAACAGAUUUUCCGACGCGAGAUGCACACCUACAUUUUCUCAAGGACUUCAUUCUGCAGGAACUUAUGAUGAAGCAUUAGAAAUUCCAAAUGACAAUGUUUGAUGAUUUGCAAAUGUUUUUUCUUUUUUCUUUUAAAUUUCCCCAAAUAAAUGUUGUAUUUUCCAAAAAAAAAAAAAGCUGGAUGUGUGAUGAACAUAUGUCACUUUUUUUAUUUUUAUUUUUUAUUUUUUUUUUUCUCCCAUUUGAAUCAUUUCCGGAUAUUGUGAGCGUCUGUUUGUGUGGUUAAAUUCUCAUCGGUGCUGGACGUUAUUUAUUUGCCAGUGUUAGUCGAUCAAUUCCCAUCUGCUGGAUGUAUUCUCGUAAUCCUGCACAGACCGUGGGAGGGACCGUGAGCCUCAGAGACAAACUGCCCACUUUGAGCUGGCUCCUGCAUGUUGCUGAUUAAAUCCGAAAAGCUUCUUAUGCUGUUCCAUUGCUGUGAAACUGUACCCUGGUCAUGAGAGGACUUCCGGACCGACCCCACUUUACUUUAGGACUUCCAGGAGAGAACGAACUCAUCUCAGCGGCGACGGUCUGUCUUUCCUUCAUGAUAAACAUGUCGAAACUUUUAACGUUUGGCAUUAAAGGCCAUAUGUAGGCUAGUAGGAAUUUUGGUUAGGGAAUUUGUGGUUACUGAAUACUGCAAAUGGUGCUGAACAAAGAUUUUAUUUGUUUUUAUUUUUUUAUAACUCAGUGUGAGAAUACUGAAUACAUUCUGAACUAAGAUUAACCAAGUGAUGUUUUGUUUUGUUUUUUUUUGUUUUUUUUUCCUGUUAACUUUUAUUAAAUUUACCUCCAGUUUUCUAACUGUAGAUGACAUCAUUAGCCUGUACCCAUUUUGUUACAUUGAAUGAUUUCAUAUUGAUGGUGAAGCUAUGUCUUUUUUAAUGUUGAUAGUAUAGUCACAACCAUUGUGCUCAUUCUGCCAUGUAGAUCCAAAACACUGCAAAAUGACAAGGAAAAAAUGCUACAUUUUUUUCUCAACCGAGACGAUGGUGGUUGUAAUUUUUUUUUUUUUUUU